AUGCAGUGGGGAGUGUUCCGCGCGUGCACGCCCCCGGACGCCAUCUCGCUGGUGUCGCGCCUGCUGGAGUACACGCCGGGCGCGCGCCUGUCGCCGCUGCAGGCGUGCGCGCACAGCUUCUUCGACGAGCUGCGCGAGCCCAACGCGCGCCUGCCCAACGGCCGCCCGCUGCCGCCGCUCUUCAACUUCACGGACUACGAGCUCGCCAUCCAGCCCUCGCUCAACGACUUCCUCAAGCCGCGCGCCGCGCCCCCCUCGCUCAACGACUUCCUCAAGCCGCGCGCCGCGCCCGCGCCCGACGCGCCGCCCGCGCUCACCGCGCCCGACCCCUCGCUCAACGACUUCCUCAAGCCGCGCGCCGCGCCCGCGCCCGACGCGCCGCCCGCGCUCACCGCGCCCGACCCCUCGCUCAACGACUUCCUCAAGCCGCGCGCCGCGCCCGCGCCCGACGCGCCGCCCGCGCUCACCGCGCCCGACCCCUCGCUCAACGACUUCCUCAAGCCGCGCGCCGCGCCCGCGCCCGACGCGCCGCCCGCGCUCACCGCGCCCGACCCCUCGCUCAACGACUUCCUCAAGCCGCGCGCCGCGCCCGCGCCCGACGCGCCGCCCGCGCUCACCGCGCCCGACCCCUCGCUCAACGACUUCCUCAAGCCGCGCGCCGCGCCCGCGCCCGACGCGCCGCCCGCGCUCACCGCGCCCGACCCCUCGCUCAACGACUUCCUCAAGCCGCGCGCCGCGCCCGCGCCCGACGCGCCGCCCGCGCUCACCGCGCCCGACGCGACAGGUUCUCCCCUCCCCCCUAGUACCCUAGUGCUCACACCACUCACACUACAAGCUCGCCAUUCAGCCCUCGCUCAACGACUUCCUCAAGCCGCGCGCCGCUCACACUACUCACACUACUCACACUCUAUUCCGGACCGAGACUCGUCGGACCUCCGUCCCGCCGCUGAGUUCCCGAAGUGUACAGAGCAUGUUUGCGCAGGCGAGACGGCGGCGAGCGGGCCCAGCGGCGGCUCCCCGGGCGCGUCGUAG